AGAGAGCGCCUAUCUGUGCUUCAGUAAGCUUGCGCCGCGGGAGACUCGGCGUCGCUGUGAUUUGACGUAAUGGCAAUAUGGCGGCUUUGGACUCGCCGCGGAAGAGACGGCACCGAGAAGAAGAUGAAGGCGAAGAGGGGCAAGGAGAUGCCGGGGCUGUGGAAGAAGGGGAGAAGGAGGGAGAAGACGAGCAGGAGCGUUGGGUGGGGCCUUUGCCUGGGGAGGCUGUGCAGGUGAAAAAGCGAAAAGUUCUUGAGUUUGAACAUGUCUACCUGGAUAAUCUUCCCAGUGCUUCCAUGUAUGAACGUAGUUAUAUGCACAGAGAUGUCAUCACACACGUUGUAUGUACAAACAGGACAGAUUUUGUAAUAACAGCCAGCCAUGAUGGACACGUCAAAUUUUGGAAAAAAGUGGAAGAAGGGAUUGAAUUUGUUAAACACUUCCGUAGCCAUUUAGGUGUUAUUGAGAGCAUUGCAGCAAGUUCAGAAGGGGCAUUGUUCUGCUCUGUUGGGGAUGACAAAGCAAUGAAGGUUUUUGAUGUGGUGAAUUUUGAUAUGAUCAAUAUGCUGAAACUUGGGUACUAUCCAGGCCAGUGUGAAUGGAUAUACUGCCCAGGUGAUGCGAUAUCUUCAGUUGCAGCAUCUGAAAAGAGUACUGGGAAAAUAUUCAUAUAUGACGGACGAGGAAAUAACCAGCCACUUCAUGUUUUUGACAAACUCCAUACAUUCCCGCUUACUCAGAUACGACUGAACGCUGUCUAUAAAGUAAUAGUAUCAUCCGACAAAUCUGGAAUGAUUGAAUACUGGACGGGACCUCCACAUGAAUACAAAUUUCCUAAAAAUGUAAACUGGGAAUAUAAAACAGACACUGAUCUGUAUGAAUUUGCCAAGGGCAAAGCAUACCCAACCAGCAUAUGUUUCUCCCCUGAUGGCAAAAAAAUGGGUACUAUUGGAUCUGACAGAAAAGUCCGAAUUUUCAGAUUUUUAACAGGGAAACUUAUGAGAGUCUUUGAUGAAUCCUUGAGUAUGUUUACUGAGCUGCAACAGAUGAGGCAACAGCUACCUGACAUGGAAUUUGGACGCCGUAUGGCUGUGGAGCGUGAGUUGGAAAAAGUAGAUGCUGUAAGGUUGAUUAAUAUCAUUUUUGAUGAAACCGGUCACUUUGUACUGUAUGGGACAAUGCUGGGAAUUAAAGUCAUCAAUGUGGAAACAAACCGAUGUGUUAGAAUCUUAGGCAAGCAGGAGAAUAUCAGAGUUAUGCAGCUGGCUCUGUUCCAGGGUGUAGCAAAGAAACAUCGUGCUGCCGUUACUGUAGAGAUGAAAGCAUCUGAUAAUCCUGUUCUGCAGAACAUCCAAGCAGAUCCAACUAUAAUCUCUACUGCCUUUAAAAAGAACAGAUUUUAUAUGUUUACCAAGCGGGAACCAGAAGACACCAAGAGUGCAGAUUCUGACAGAGAUGUAUUUAAUGAGAAGCCAUCUAAAGAGGAGGUCAUGGCAGCCACUCAAGCAGAAGGACCCAAACGGGUUUCUGAUAGUGCCAUUAUUCACACAAGCAUGGGAGAUAUUCAUGUCAAGCUUUUUCCUGUUGAGUGUCCCAAAACUGUGGAAAACUUCUGUGUACACAGCAGGAAUGGUUACUACAAUGGCCACACCUUUCACCGCAUUAUCAAGGGCUUCAUGAUUCAGACUGGUGAUCCUACUGGCACUGGAAUGGGAGGUGAAAGCAUUUGGGGCGGGGAAUUUGAAGAUGAGUUCCACUCAACUUUACGACAUGACAGGCCUUACACACUCAGCAUGGCUAAUGCAGGACCAAACACCAAUGGCUCACAGUUCUUCAUAACAGUAGUACCAACUCCGUGGCUGGACAACAAGCACAGCGUGUUUGGAAGAGUAACUAAAGGAAUGGAAGUCGUUCAGAGAAUUUCAAAUGUGAAAGUCAAUCCAAAAACUGACAAACCUUAUGAAGACGUCAGUAUUAUUAAUAUCACAGUAAAGUAAUACAGGAAUUUCUAAGAAGCAUCAUGGUAGAGGAACUUUGAAUACAGUGAGUAUGGCACUGUCAAAUUUCUGCUGUAGAAAGUCUUGGCAGCCUUUCUAUGAACUGUGUGGCAGAGUGCUCUUCACUAUAUUUUUAAUGUUUUUAUAAAAAAAUAAACAAACCAAUUUUCUUA